UGAGGCCGCAAUCGGCAAUGGAUUAACGAUAAUCUUGGUUAUCACCUUGGUUCUUGUUGAUCCAUUCUAACAGUUGAGGAAUUUCCUAAAUUGUUUACCAAGAAAAAAUAUUAUUAAAAUAGUUAAAAAAUUUCUAUAUAAAGAAUCCAGAUGUUUGUUAACUGACUAAUGAUCAUAAGCCUAUUUUGACUUAACCGCUUUCUUACAUCACAGAAAUAAACAGUCAAAGUUAACGACUCCACGGCACUCUCAUUUCUUACUUUUUAUUGUCACUACAAAAAAGAAAUUUCCGCAAAAAUCACAAAUCUUUGAAAGGCUUUUGGAUUUUAAAUUUUCCAAUGGAUUUAUCGAUUUCCAGUCCAUUCCGCGGUGCUUUUCCUGCACCAACUUCAACCUUCAUCCUCAAUCCGAAAUCUCGAUGUUCCCAUUCCUUGAAUUUCUUUAAGCAUCAAAACUCUUACAGCAAAAAUCCGCUUUUUUCCCGCCAAAAAAUACCGAUCAGAGCUCAGGUUUCAGAUCCGGCGGUGGAUGAUGGGUUUGUCAUUGACGAUGUCCCUCACUUGACUGAUUUCCUCCCUGAUUUGCCGUCGUAUCCAAAUCCCUUGCAAAAUAGCCAAGCAUAUGCUAUCGUCAAGCAAACUUUUGUUCGUCCAGAAGAUGUGGUUGCUCAGAAGAUUGUUGUUCAGAAGGAUAGCUCCCGAGGAGUACAUUUCCGGCGUGCAGGGCCCCGUGAAAAGGUAUAUUUCAAAUCAGAGGAAGUGCGUGCUUGUAUAGUAACUUGUGGUGGUUUGUGCCCAGGGAUCAAUACAGUCAUUCGGGAGAUUGUCUGUGGAUUAAACUAUAUGUAUGGUGUUGAUGAUAUACUUGGCAUUCAGGGAGGAUAUAGAGGCUUUUACUCUAAAAAUACCUCGACAUUAACACCCAAAGUUGUGAAUGAUAUCCACAAACGUGGUGGCACCUUUCUUCUCACUUCACGAGGAGGUCAUGAUACUCAAAAGAUUGUUGAUAACAUCCAGGACAGGGGAAUCAAUCAGGUUUACAUUAUUGGAGGAGAUGGAACCCAGCGAGGGGCAUCUCGGAUUUAUGAGGAAGUUGAGAAACGUGGUCUUAAGGUAGCAGUUGCUGGCAUACCCAAGACAAUUGAUAAUGAUAUUGCAGUGAUUGACAAAUCUUUUGGUUUUGAUACUGCUGUUGAAGAAGCUCAGAGGGCCAUUAAUGCUGCACAUGUGGAGGUAGAAAGUGUGGAAAAUGGCAUUGGAAUUGUCAAACUCAUGGGAAGAUACAGCGGUUUCAUUGCUAUGUUUGCAACCCUGGCAAGUCGCGAUGUGGAUUGCUGCUUGAUUCCAGAAUCACCAUUCUAUUUGGAAGGCAAAGGUGGACUCUUUGAGUUUAUUGAAGAGCGACUAAAAGAGAAUGGACAUAUAGUUAUUGUUGCUGCUGAAGGAGCUGGUCAGGAAUAUCUUGCUCAAAGUAUGCAAGGAAUUGAUGAGAAAGAUGCAUCUGGAAACAGGCUUCUCCUUGAUGUUGGUCUCUGGUUAACCCAAAACAUCAAGGAUCAUUUUACUAAGGAGCCGAAGAUGGCAAUAAAUAUGAAAUACAUUGAUCCUACAUACAUGAUACGAGCUAUUCCGAGUAAUGCAUCAGACAAUAUUUACUGCACCCUUCUUGCACAAAGUGCUGUGCAUGGGGCCAUGGCUGGAUAUACAGGGUUCACAGUUGGACCUGUAAACAGCAGACACGCCUAUAUUCCAAUUUCUAACGUUACUGAAACUCAAAACACCGUGAAGUUGACUGAUAGGAUGUGGGCUAGACUUCUUGCUUCGACAAACCAACCGAGUUUCCUGAACUGUGAUGAAUCAACAGGUGGGAAAGUCUGUAAAGAUACUAUCGACUUGAUCAACAACAUGAAGAUUACAUCUAUUUAGAUUCGAUUGAUAUAUGCUCCGAUGUAAACACAUCAUCAUGGCUUCAUUUCUUACCUCUAAUAAUUUGCAAAACACUUCAACUUCGACGCUUUGAAGUCACCAAGAAGUCACCAUCUGCAUUUAGCUCAUAUUUGGGUUGCUACAUAUUUGUUCUCACUUUGGAUUGUCUCAAGAAUUUGAUAUCAUCAUGACACAUUGCCAACCUAUAUGUAUAUUAUAUUGAACCGGAAAAUUUUGCUUCAAAGUGUAUCAGCAUUGAUAUUUCAGUUACUUCGAUUCCGAUGUUUAUCCAUUUUCUUGAAUCCUUAUGUGUAUCUUUCGUUGCUCCUUUUUUUACUUUGAAAACUAAGUAGGCACAUUUGCAUAUGCCAAGAAGACGUUCUUAAAGUGUAUAUUGUCAAAUAUAUGUUGGAACACCAUAUGUAUUUACAUAACAUGACAUUGAUCGUUAAUUUAUUAUAUUGAUAUGCUUGCUCGAACAA